GGAGUACUAUCUCCCUGAUAGGAUCAGGUGUCAUAAUGAGUCGUGGACUCGAGAAUUUCAAAGUAGUUCUUCUUGGAGAAGGAUGUGUUGGAAAAACUAGUUUAGUUCUAAGAUAUGUCGAAGAUAAGUUCAAUGAACGACACAUCAGCACUAUACAGGCAUCAUUCUUGAUGAAGAAAAUCUCAAUUGAUGGGAAGAGGUUGCAGCUCUCUAUUUGGGACACAGCAGGGCAGGAGCGCUUCCAUGCCCUUGGUCCAAUUUACUACAGAGAUUCCCAGGGAGCUAUCCUUGUGUAUGAUAUUACAGAUAUGGAUUCUUAUCAUAAGGUUCAAGAUUGGGUUCGAGAAUUGCGACGAAUGCUAGGUGACAACAUAGUCCUUGCAAUUGCUGGAAACAAAAGUGAUUUAAGUGCGAACAGAGUGGUUGACUGCACAACUGCUCAACAGUAUGCAGAAGAGGUGGGCGCAUUUCACUUUGAAACUUCAGCUCGUCUCAAUGAAGGCGUUGAAGAGCUUUUCCUUGACCUGAGUCGCCGGAUGCUGGCAGUCUCUGCCACCCAGCAACAACAGCAGCAACACAGCAGCAGCGGCGGACUGCAGCUAACAGAUGAUGACGACCAGAUAAAUAAUACCUCCAAACGUGCCUGUUGCUGAUCAUCUUCUGUUCCAGCAACCUGGUGAAGAAUAGCAGGAAAAUCAUUGCACUAUAAUCUGUUAUAAGGCUACACUUGGGAAAUUAUUAGGUGGAGAAUAUGUUAACAAAGUGGAAUAAAACCACCAGGUAUUGGUGAUGAAAAAUAUGAUGAAUAUACAAAGAAUGAAGGCCAUUUUCACAAAUUGAGAGAAUUAAUCAAAAUAUUUGUGGCAAGAUAUUAAUGUCUUGUAAAAUGACUUAUGUGUUUGCAAAUGCAGCUUUGUUUGAAUUGUUUUGAAGCAUCAUGUAAGUUUCUGGGCCCAUUAUCAUUAUGGUUUCAGUGGCGGGCACGUCAGGAGAGUAUGAUGCUACUUCUCUAUAGUUGUUGUUAGAGAAGCUUGUUGCAUCAAUUUAAACGACCGCUAGCCUCUGCUGGCGAAUAAUCAAAUUCCUUUUUGGAUCAAUCAUUGAAAUUGUUUAGUCCUAGUCAUCGUUGCAGUGGCUCCUGUAAUUUUUUACGGAAUUGAACUUGUAGAGAAUUGUAUAAAAAGCACUUUUCUCAUGAAAUUGGAUCUGUAAUUUCAUCUCUGCUUUCUAGUAGGUAUUUAAUUUGAAGUUUAUCCAUCUUUUU